CACUUUGCGAGGUCUAUAAAUUCCGGACCCUCCCUCUUUGCUGUCCCUUUCUGGCUUCCUUGCUCGAACGAGGUAGCUCGCUCUUCCUCCCUCCCUCUCUAGACGCAGAACCACCUCUGGUCGUCUCCCUCUGGUGUCCCCUCUGCCGGAACUGUCAGGUGCAAACCGCUUUUGGGCUGUCUUUUUUCACGGCAUUUCCGCCGGAAUUCCCAGGUUGGAGAACAAAAAAAGUCUCAGAGGUAUUGAUUAUAAAUUUUUACGGUACAUUGAAGAUCGAAGGAACAUAUUGAAGAUUGGGGAAAGGAGAAAAUAGUAUGGCUGAUCAAGUGUUGGAAGGUAGUCAACCGGUGGAUCUUUCCAAGCACCCCUCUGGAAUUGUCCCUACCCUUCAGAACAUUGUCUCAACAGUUAAUUUGGACUGCAAGUUGGAUCUUAAGACCAUUGCAUUGCAAGCCCGUAAUGCAGAAUACAAUCCAAAGCGUUUUGCAGCUGUAAUCAUGAGGAUAAGGGAACCAAAAACUACGGCAUUAAUCUUUGCUUCUGGAAAGAUGGUUUGUACUGGAGCCAAGAGUGAACAACAGUCAAAAUUGGCCGCACGGAAGUAUGCUCGAAUAAUCCAAAAGCUUGGAUUUCCAGCAAAGUUUAAGGAUUUCAAGAUUCAGAAUAUAGUUGGCUCCUGUGAUGUUAAAUUUCCCAUUAGGCUUGAAGGUCUUGCAUAUUCCCAUGGUGCUUUCUCAAGUUAUGAACCAGAACUCUUUCCAGGUUUGAUCUAUCGAAUGAAACAACCAAAGAUCGUGUUACUAAUCUUUGUGUCAGGAAAAAUUGUUCUUACUGGAGCUAAGGUUCGAGAUGAGACCUAUACGGCGUUUGAGAACAUAUACCCAGUUCUUACUGAGUUCAGGAAAAACCAGCAAUGAUUUUUACGGGAAAGGCAAGCAUGAAACUGUGUUCAUGGAAAAUUUUGCGACGGGACACCAUGUUGGGAGCGUUGAACCUGGAUUAAUCUGUAAAUAGGUGAAAGAUAUUGUGAAUCCUGUCGUUGGUGUUUUCAAGAUUAAUUAAAAACGAGGACGUGGGUUCCCUUUUCUGUCACCUUCUCUUCCCUUUCACCAUGAGAGUUCCUAGUGUUUGCUUGACGCUCUUGUUGACGGGACUGAAAUUAUAAUGAAAAAAACGGCUGAAAGUGAGCUUUGUGCUUCCUGACAUUUGACAUCCUGUGGAUAUUUUGAAUGAACUUAGCUGAGCUGGUUUUUGUUUU